CAGAACGUGCAGCUAGUAUCAGGAGACACAUUACCUUCCAACUUGAAUUUCUUUGAAGAAUAAGACUUGAGAUGAUUCAUGUUUCAAGAACGCCGGAGUUUUCCAAUUGUGGAAACAUGAAUUCAGUCUUGAUGUGCGCAUCCUCUGACCAAGACCUGGGCUCUAUGGCAGGAGGCACAAGCAGGCAAAGGUCUCACUCCUAUUACAGUCCAGAGGACACUAAGAACUAUGGUGUGCAGACAGAGACAGAGGAAACCUAUCUAAGACCUCGCUCCAGGUCUUUUUACAGUUAUGAGACGUCAGAGCUUAACCUCAACUGUGAUGUGGGAAACUCUACAAGAUGCAGUCCACUGAGGCAGAAGGCAAGCUCCCUACUCCAUUAUCAAGUGAACAAAAAGGAAAAGAGAGAAGGGGAUGAGGCCGGUGUUCAAGUCACCUCUAAGCAGUCCAAGUCUAAACCAAAGAAGCACUCGCCAUCAAAAGAACCUAAUGGCAGUAAAGGCAAUCUUAAGUCAGUGUCCAUGAUCACCAUCUCUGAGUUGGACAACUGGGAAAUUAGCUCCAACUCAGGGAUGAAGUAUGGACAGUUUGUGGACUGGGAGAAGAUUGACCCUGAAGCGGCAGAAAGAUACCAGAAGAUCCUGAAGAGUGAUCACCAGCAGCUGAAAACUAUGGGCCGAGAAGGAUUCUGGGCCAUGCCCCAUACGCUAAGGGCCAAAGCUUACUAUCACAUCAUCCACAGCAUCAAUUCCAGUGGGUCUGUCGCGCCAGACAGAGAUGUCUACUAUGAACUGGUCAAGAAGCUCUUUGGAGAAAAGAAAAUCAGCACCUAUCCAGUCCCAGAGUACAUGGAGGCAGGAGAAAUACCCAGAUACUGUCUCAACAAAGCAGGCCUGAACUCUGUUAAAAAGAUCCUUCUUUGCCUUGGCAUAUUCUUCCCAGACAUGAACUUCUGCCCCAUCGUGCCUGAAUUGGUCUCCCUCAUCCUCCACUUCAGCCAAGAUGAAGCUGAAUGUUUCCACAGUGUAUCCCGACUUAUCUGCUACAAUGACCCCAACAAGCGUUACAUCGACAAGACCUUCCUCACUUACCGCGCCUCCUGUAUGACCUUUGGAGACCUUGCUAACAAGUGUUGCAGAGGCAUCCGUAAGCUGAUUGCCAGCUCUCAUCAGAACCUCUUUGAUUUUUACUCUGACUGGAUCAUGUGGAUAUUCGCUGACCUUCCGUUCACAUAUGCCAUCAGAGUGCUGGAUGUCUACCUGUUGGAGGGCUACAAGGUCCUCUACAGGGUGGCAUUGGCUUUGCUCAGCCUCUACAAAGUAUCUGUGUCGUCUAGAGUGGCAGACGUGGAGGACUUCAGAACAGAUAUGAAAAGGUUUGUGGAGAACAUAGCUCGCCACUGCACGGCUGAGAAGCUUCUGGAAAGGGCCUUCGUGAUCCCGAUGGCCACACGCAGAGAGCUCAACCUCCUGUUCAACGCCAAUAAGGACUCCCUCAUGCAAAAAGGCGUCAGUAUACACCAGAAGAGGCAGUCGGUUGAGAUGGUGGACUUUAACAACUUCACGUCCAAUGUUGUGACAGGAACUGAGAUGAGAGUCGUCUGGGCCUGGAUACCUGAGCGCUUUGCCCUUUUCAGUCCCAUUAGGCUGUUUAAUACAGCUGAACAUGGAAGAAGCCUUGCUUCAUUCUAUUCACAUGUGGAGGGACACGAACCAGCAGUCAUGAUUAUCAAAACUGUGGAUGAAGAGGUCUUUGGUGCCUUCCUGUCAACAGAUAUGAUAGAAAGAAGAAAGCAUGACUCUGAGGGACUUACAUAUUUUGGAACUGGGGAAUGUUUUGUUUUUACGCUCCGCCCCAGCAGGGAGCGCUACCAGCAGGCUAUGGUCAACAUUAUGACCAGAAGAGCUUCCCCUCAGCAGAUUCAAGCCAGCAACGGUGCUUCCUCUGAGGUAUCCAGUUGUGGCUACUCCCCUAUCACCUCGACCAGAGCCACCAUAACUCUGACCUGUCCUGCUGGAACCCCCCAGGACCCCAGCUACCUGACGAUCCCCUUCACUGCCCCAUCACAGGAACCCAUGACUGCCAAAGAGCCAAAAAGACCCAAGGAACAAGAAGCCUCAAUGUUCAUAGCGGGCAGCGACAGUCAGCUCAUUAUCGGCGGCGAUGGAGGCCACGCACUCUGCCUACAGGAAGACCUAGUGGGAGGAAGCUCAGAGCCUUGUGACACAUUCAAGAGCAUCCCACUCUGCAAGGGACAUUUCAAGAUCCAGGCCCUGGAAGUGUGGGGCAUCCAGAAUUCUAUUUCCUUUUCUCACAGUUUUCCCUGUCAGUAAAAUAACGGCAGAGCAGCCUUGUAACUUUUCAUCUUUUGGUAAACAAUGAACCAGUUUUUCUUGACGCUGCUUCACUGGACUUCAAAUAUUUAUUUUGUGAAAUGCACAUUUAUGCACAUAUUGUGAAGCAACUGAGUGAGACUUUACUUGACUUGUUGUCUACAUGUCAAGUCAAGUUUAUAGACUUAUAUCACAUUCAUUGUAUUACUGGACUUCACAAGCCCACAUAAACAGUGGUUCCCAUGUCAGGGAAGUUCUCUAAAAACACAAGGAAAGUCUCUACAAAAAAAAACCCUCGGCAUGUUAACACAGAAGGAAGGAUGAGACAUGCCAGCUGCAAGAGCAAGCAUCUAGUGCAAAAGGGAAUUUGCAGUAAUGAAUCGAGGAGGAUUAGUGGGAGGGUGCUGUGUGGGCACCGAGCCCCAUAGAUUCAUCAUAAUUAAUACUAAUCACUGAAGAUUUACUCAUUUCAAUCAAAGGGUCAUCUUUAACUGAUUGAACUGAUUGUAACCUGUAACCACAAAGCAGCAGUAGGAAAAUUACAAUUCUGGUUUUACCUCCUAUAAAGUCUGCUGAUUAUAGGCCUAGCUAUUUUACCUUUCUAGUAUAUGCCUACUUCUACAUGUUUUUUAAAAUUAUUAUUUAGCAGUUUAGCUGCAUUUGAUACACAAUUAAACUUCAUGCACUUUUUAUAAUCUGA